GUGCGUUGCCGUUGCCAUCGUAACCAACGCCGUCGCCACCGUCGUCGUCACCGUCGCCGUCGCCACCGUACGUCGUCAUCGUCGUCGUCCAUCGCAUAGUAGGCAGCUCAGUUACAAGACCAUUAUUUGACGUAUUUUUUGUGCGCUCGGUUGUACGCUCGCUCGCCGCCUGGUUAUAUCCAUAGCACGCCCUCAGCUAGCGCUCAGUGCUCGAACGCAAUCCGGAUUUGGAUCAGCCGCAGUUCGGUCGAGUAGUAUCGGUUAAUCAUUAGCUACCCGGUUCAAGGAUUUUUGAUAUCAAAACUAACAAAAACAAGAAAAAAAAAAAAAAAAAAAAAAAAAAACCAAAUCCGUCGCGUUCGUUAAUAUGAGCAACUAAACAGCCAAACGUGAAGAUAUAUAUAGAGAAUCGAUCGAGAGUGACUGUGAUCGUUCCCAGAAAUCAAUAGAAAUUAAUAAAUUAAUAUAUAUAUAGAUAUAGAUAUAGAUUAUAAGAAUCUUAUAUUGUGUGUGUGUUUGUUUCAAUUGAUACUCGCUGCAAAAUUCAUUCGUUUUGGUUCAGAAUAGUAUGCGAAUUAGUUCACAGUGGAUUCAACGCAUAAAAUGGCCGUUGGACCGACGGAGGGCAAACAGCCGCCCACAGAGACAUUCUCGCCCACACACCAUCAGAUUAUAGCACCCAGUCCGAUAUUGGCGGUGCCGACGCUCGCCUUCUCCGCGGCCCAAGUGGAGAUCGUCUGCAAAACUCUGGAGGAUUCCGGCGAUAUUGAGCGGCUGGCACGUUUCCUAUGGAGUCUGCCCGUGGCAUUGCCCAACAUGCACGAGAUACUCAACUGUGAGGCGGUGCUCCGUGCUCGAGCCGUUGUCGCCUAUCACGUUGGCAACUUCAGGGAACUAUAUGCAAUAAUAGAGAAUCAUAAAUUUACUAAAGCCUCCUAUGGCAAACUGCAAGCGAUGUGGCUGGAGGCGCACUACAUUGAGGCGGAGAAGCUGCGAGGACGGUCGCUAGGACCCGUGGACAAAUAUCGCGUACGCAAAAAGUUUCCAUUGCCGCCCACCAUUUGGGAUGGCGAGCAGAAGACGCACUGUUUCAAGGAGCGAACGCGCAGUUUGCUGCGUGAAUGGUACCUACAGGAUCCCUAUCCGAAUCCUACGAAGAAACGCGAACUGGCCAAGGCGACGGGCCUCAAUCCCACGCAGGUUGGCAAUUGGUUUAAGAAUCGCAGGCAACGCGAUCGUGCCGCUGCGGCCAAGAAUCGCAUACAGCACAAUCAGAACAAUUCGGGCAUGGGCUGCCGCAGCCGUCGGGCGGAUGGUGUUGCGUCGCCGACUCCGUCGGAUAGCUCCGAUUCGGAUAUAUCGCUGGGCACCCAUUCGCCGGUGCCGAGCAGCUUGCAGCUGCAGCACAGUCCCGGCAGCAUGUCGAACGGCGCCAAUGGCGAGGAGAGCCUCAGCGUGGACGAUGAUAAGCCACGGGACUUGAGCAGUGCCCUGCCCUCGCCCACACCGCCUCAGCUGCCGUCGGCCUAUGGCGCGAGUAGUGGCGGGGGUGGAGGUGGCGGCGCUGGGGCUGGGGGCUUGCCUGCCGGCUGCCUGCCGCCCUUCAAGCUGGAUGCGGCGAGCAGCCUGUUCAAUGCCGGCUGCUACCUGCAGAGCUUUAGCAACCUGAAGGAGAUGUCCCAACAGUUUCCCAUACAGCCAAUUGUCAUCCGGCCGCAUCCGCAGCUGCCGCAGCCGCUGGCGCUCAAUGGCAAUCUGCAUCAUCCGGCGUACGCGGCUGCGUACAGUGUUGAAUGCACUGUUGCCGCACCACCACCGCCACCAUCAGCAUCGGCGCCAGCACCACCCAAGCUGCGCAUCAAUUCGCCCGAGAAACUCAAUUCGACGGCGGUGGCAGCUGCAGCAGCCGCCGUUGCUGCUGCCCAUGAGAUGAACAAUAGCAGCAACAACAACAACAACAACAACAACAGCAACAGCAACAAUAAUCACAGCAGCACCACCAACAGCAGCAGCACCACCACGGUCUAUCAUCCCAGCGCACAGCUGCUGCUCCAUCGCCCCUUCUCCACAUCGCCCGAGCUGAAGCAUAGCGCACCAGAGAUCACAUGAUAUCAGCGGGUCUAAGGCUGACGUUGCUCCACGCCUUGCUCGAAGGGUUUCCACGAUCCACGAUCCCAGCUACCAGCUCCCAGCACCACUAAGGCCCAGCUACACGAAUUGUUUUCAAUUUUUCUUUAAGUUUAAGUCAGCAAUAAUAAUAAAAGAACGAAAUGAAAUGAGAAAAACAUAAAAUUUCUAUUCAAGAGCAGCAGCAGAAAAAAAUUCAUCGCUAGCCCGCACAGAUCCUUCAACCUGUUUAACGGGCUGUUUCCUAACAUAACAUUAAAGAAAUCGAAGAUAUCGAAAUAUAUAUACAUCUAAAUAUAUAUAUAUAUUGAACCUCGUCGCACACACUUUUCAAAGAUAGUUGUUUAAGAUUUACGCAUACGACGAUAAUGAA